AUGGGUGAGCCUGAGGAGGCUUUUUGCAGACAGAUCCGGAGGCGCCGCCCCACCCCUGCCACACUUGUGCUGACCAGUGACCAGUCAUCCCCAGAGAUAGAUGAAGACCGGAUCCCCAACCCACUUCUCAAGUCCACUUUGUCAAUGUCUCCACGGCAACGGAAGAAGAUGACAAGGACCACACCCACUAUGAAAGAGCUCCAAACGAUGGUUGAGCAUCACCUAGGGCAACAGAAGCAAGGAGAGGAACCUGAGGGAGCCACUGAGAGCACAGGGAACCAGGAGUCCUGCCCACCUGGGAUCCCAGACACAGGCUCAGCGUCAAGGCCAGCUACCCCUGGGAUAGCACAAAAGCCUGCAGAAUCCACCCCCAAGAUUCAGGAGCAGCGUGGUGUGCAGCCCAGCACAGAGGACCCCUCGGCUCACAUGCCACCACUGGAUUCCCAGGGAGCCAGCUUGCCUGGGGCUUCCUCCAUCCCUCAGCUCCUGUCUGCACUCCACAGCCCCCACGCUCAGGACCAACUAGGGAAGGAAAUAGGGAAACUGACAGAAGCCUAG